AUGGCUACCCAAGACACUCCUCAGAUGCGCGUCUAUCAGAUUGACGCCCCUGGGCCAAUCGCCAACAUGAAACUGGUGACGGUACCACGUCCAUCAGAGACCCUCGAAAAGGAACACAUUCUCGUCAAGGUUAUCGUGGCCGGCAUCAACCCGGCUGAUUACAAGCUCCCCGAGCUCGGCAUCUUAUCCAAGGCCAAGCUCUCGUACCCAAUCUGCCCCGGCAUGGAUUUUGCUGGUCAGGUCGUCGCCGUCGGCGAGGGUGUGCCGGACAUCAAGGUGGGCGAUAACGUCCUCGGUCGCAUGGGUCCUCUCAAGUGGGCCGGCUCGCUCUCGGAAUAUGCCGGCGCCGCCGGCACUGCGGCCCUGACAGCUUACCAGACCAUCGCGCCGUACGCAAAGGCCGGCGAUAAGGUCUUCAUCAACGGUGGUUCCGGAGGCACUGGCACAUAUGGUAUCCAGAUCGCCAAGGCCAUCGGCUGCCACGUCACCGUGUCUUGUUCGACAUCCAAAGCUGCUUUGUGUAAGGAGCUCGGCGCCGAUGAGAUCAUUGACUACAAGACGACAAAUGUGACGGCCAAGUUGCGGGAGAUCGGCCCCGUCUUCUCUGUCAUCGUUGACAAUGUUGGCGACUCGCCGCCCGACCUCUUUAGCGCCUCGGACGCGAUCCUGCUGCCAAGCGGACACUACAAGUUUGUUGGCGGCCACUUUUCCUUCCAGAUGGCGACCCACCUUGCCUCGGGACUGUUACUGCCCAAGUUCUUGGGAGGUGUGAGCCACAAGUUCGAGGCGUUCAUGACGAAGAACUCGCACGAGGACCUCGCGCAGCUGGCGACGUGGAUGGGUGAAGGUAAAGUGAAGACGGUGGUGGACUCGGCUUUUGGGUUUGAGCAGGUCUACGAGGCUUUUGAGAAGCUCAAAGUUGGGUCAGCAGCAGGGAAAAUCGUGGUUCACGUCCAGGAGAACAAGACGUAA